CAGAGGGGGCGGAGUCGCGCAGUGAGACGCGAGUCACGUGCCGAAGAGGCGCCGAGCCUGGGACUGGGGUCACGUGGUGAGGACCGGGGUCACGUGCCGGAGGCGGCGGGCGGCGCGAGAGCAACGGCCGCCAGAGAGAGAGAGAGAGAGGAGCCAUCGCCCACCCGCCCGACACAGCGGGGACCGGAGCCCCACCCGCGACUAUGAUGGAAGGCUGCUAUGGCUGAGGAAAAGAAGAUGAAGAUCAGCAACACUCUGCUGCCCACGGAGUCCAUGAAAGCCAUCGCUGAGUCGAUUGGGAUCGCCCAGCUCUCUGAGGAUUCCUGUCAGAGUCUGACUGAGGAGGUCAGCUACCGUAUAAAGGAGCUGGCUCAGGAUGCCCUGAAGUUUAUGCACCACGGGAAGAGGAAAAGGCUGAGCACAGUGGACAUCGACUACGCUCUCAAACUGAAAAAUGUGGAGCCGCUGUACGGGUUCCACGCGCAGGAGUUUAUCCCGUUCCGCUAUGCCAGUGGGGGGGGCCGCGAGCUCUACUUCUAUGAGGAGAAAGAGGUAGACCUGAGUGACAUCAUCAACACCCCCCUCCCCCGGGUGCCUCUCGACGUCUGUCUGAAAGCCCAUUGGUUAAGCAUUGAAGGAGUGCAGCCCGCCAUUCCAGAGAACCCACCGCCAGCUCCCAAAGAACAGCAGAAACUCGAGUCUACGGAGCCCCUGAAGGUCAUCAAACCCGGACAGGAGGAGGAUGGUCAAGCCAAGGUCAAAGGGCAAGGAGCAGGAGCUGUGGAUAAAGGGAAAGAAAAGAAGAAGUCGCUGCUGGAGGGCGGGGUCCUGAAGCUGAAGCCAAGGACCACCCACGAGCUGUCAGUGGAGCAGCAGCUGUACUACAAGGAGAUCACCGAGGCCUGUGUGGGCUCCUGUGAGGCCAAGCGAGCGGAAGCCCUACAGAGCAUCGCUGCUGAUCCCGGGCUGUACCAGAUGCUGCCCAGGUUCAGCACUUUCAUAUCAGAGGGGGUGCGUGUGAAUGUGGUGCAGAAUAACCUGGCGUUGCUGAUCUACCUGAUGCGGAUGGUGAAGGCAUUGAUGGAUAACCCCACACUCUACCUGGAGAAAUACCUACACGAGCUGAUCCCCGCAGUGGUGACCUGUAUUGUGAGUCGGCAGCUGUGCCUCAGGCCGGACGUGGACAAUCACUGGGCACUGAGGGACUUCGCUGCCCGUCUGAUGGCUCAGAUCUGCAAGAACUUCAGCACCACCACCAACAACAUCCAGUCCCGCAUCACCAAGACCUUCACCAAGAGCUGGCUGGAUGACAAGACUCCCUGGACAACACGUUAUGGCUGCAUCGCAGGACUGGCUGAGCUGGGACAUGACGUAAGUGAUGUGGACCUCCCUCCCACUCCUGACUCUCUCCUUUUCUCCAUCCCUCUUCCUCUUCCCCAUCUCUCCAUGUAUUACACCUGUUACACCCGUGUUAGUGUAUCUGUGUGUUAAUGUGUGUUAAUCAUAGAAGAA